GACAUUUAUUCCAGUGGUUAAAAUGCAUACAAUUUGCAUUGUGUUGGCAUUUGCAGUAUGAAGCAGUGGAAGAUCGUUCAGUUUAAUGUGAAGAAUGCGUUUCCUCAUGGAGAUCUAAAGGAGACAAUCUAUAUGGAGUGUCCUGAGGGUUAUACAAAGGGAGGACCAGGGAUGGUUUGUAGGCUGCGACGUUCUCUCUAUGGUCUGCAACAAGCACCAAGGGCUUGGUUUGAAAAAUUUCAUGGCACUAUACUUCAGGCAGGCUUUGUACAGAGUCAUAAUGAUCCGUCAAUGUUCACUGGGCAAAAUGCUCAGGGAAAUACAGUUCUACUUUUGUAUGUUGACGAUAUGAUUGUGACCGGGAGUGACACAGAGAGAAUUAAGGAACUGACGCAGUCGUUACACGCGGCCUUUAAUCUUAAAGAAUUGGGUGAGGCGUCUUAUUUUCUAGGUCUAGAGAUACAUAGAAGUGCCGCAGGUUUGCUUGUCAAUCAACAGAAGUAUAUCAGUGAUCUGUUGGAGAUAGCUCAGUUCGUAGAUUGCAACCCGUGCACGACUCCGAUGGAACAAAAUUUGAAGCUCACUCAUGAGGAUGGAGUAUUGUUAGAAGAUCAAACGUUCUACAGAAGUAUAGUGGAAAGUUUGAUCUAUUUAACGUAUACAUGUCUUGAAAUAGCCUAUGUUGUUCAAGUGGUAAGCCAGUUUAUGGGAGAUGCGUGCACAACGCGUUUGGAUGCUGUUCAUAGAAUAUUGUGGUACCUGAAGGGGACUAGAGAUGUUGAGAUAUUCUUUCCUGCAGAUGGAGAACCGGUCAUGGAAGCCUAUGCAGAUGCAGAUUAUGCCGGUUGUCGUGACACAAGGAGGUCCACAUCAGGGUGGUGUGUUAAGAUUGGGAGGUCCUUUGUGUCCUGGCAUUGUCGGAAGCAGGAUAAAGUGUCGAAGUCAUCCCCAGAGGUAGAGUACAGGUCGAUGUUGGAGGUUAGUACGGAGAUGGUUUGGCUGCAGAGCUUGUUUUAGGAUAUUGGAGUAGAUUGUCAGAUACCUAUGCGUAUCUAUGGAGAUAACACCAGUGCUAUUCAGAUCGCGAAUAUCCGGUACUACACGACUGGACAAAACACAUAGAGGUACUUGUUCAUUAUAUCAGGCAACUUUUGGCAGAAGGAGUUGUUCAGCUCAGUUAAUUGUCUACAGAAGAUCAGACUGCAAAUGUCUUGACAAAAGCAGUAAGCUCGAGGAGGCAUUGGUACCUAUCUUCCAAAUUGAUGUUACGUACCGAACAUCAAUUUAAGGGAGGGUGUUAGUUUGUGAAAGUCCGAGUACCAAUGUGUAAUUAUCCUGUAAACCGUGUAGUUAGGGUUUGGAGAGAACCUAUAUAUUUACCUGUGUAUCGUAGUUGAAAGGUUACGAAUCAUAAUAAGAAAAACCUGAGAGGAAGAUCCUCUCUGUGGACUAGUGUCAAAUUGACGAUACCACAUUAAAAAACUCGGCGUUCUUCCAUUAGAUUAGACCUUUUGACAGUGCUAACUCUAUAGGAGUUAGCACUAUACUAACCAUUCUUGCUUCGUUCAUUACUUUAAAGUUAAAUUAGACGGUGGAAAGCGACGAGGAACAUAUUUUUUUAUUUUAGAAAAUAAAAUUUAAGAAAAUAAAUAAUUUUAG